AUGAAGUGGGAGAGCUUUGACAAUAUCCACCUAGAUCUCUCCGAGACCGCCGGCAAAUGCAAGUUGGCAGAGAGCGGUCUGGGCUGGCGCCCAUCUGGCGGCGGUGACACCUUUACUUUAGAUAGCAGCAACAUCGGUGGCGCUCAAUGGAGUCGCGCCGCGAAAGGAUUCGAAUUAAGGAUUCUAUCGCGAUCAUCUGGUGUCAUUCAGCUGGAUGGCUUUGACCAAGAGGAUUUCGAGCGCUUGUCCAAGGCUUUCAAGAUUUGGUACGGGAUCAACGUUGAGGCCCGCGAACACGCCCUGCGAGGAUGGAACUGGGGAAAGACAGAGUUUUCCAAGGGAGAAUUAUCCUUCAGCGUCCAGAAUCGACCCGCCUUUGAAGUCCCAUACUCCGAGAUCUCUAAUACCAAUCUUGCUGGAAAGAACGAAGUGGCGGUGGAGUUCGCACUCUCAACGGCGGAUUCCAAUGGACAGCCUGCUGGUAGAACUAAGAACCGCGGUCGCAAGGCUGCUGCAGGCCCCGAUGAGUUGGUGGAAAUGCGAUUCUACAUCCCAGGCACAGCUGUGAAGAAGGAGAAGGCAGAGGAUGCCGAGGGCGACGAGGAAGGAAAAGAAAAUGAUGAAGAAGAGAAAGAGGAGCAAAACGCGGCCAAUCUCUUCUACGAGACGCUUAUGGACAAGGCUGAGAUCGGAGAUGUGGCUGGCGACACAUUUGCUACGUUCCUGGAUAUUCUGCAUCUGACACCUCGUGGUCGUUUCGAUAUCGACAUGUACGAAUCAUCCUUCCGACUCCGCGGUAAGACAUACGAUUACAAGAUUCAAUACUCCGCCAUCAAAAAGUUCUUCCUGCUCCCUAAGAAUGACGACACUCACACGCUCAUUGUGCUGGGUCUGGACCCUCCUCUGCGCCAGGGUCAGACCCGUUACCCGUUCCUGGUUAUGCAGCUGAAGCUGGACGAGGAAAUUAGUCUGGAACUCAAUAUGACAGAGGACCUGCUGCAAAGCCAAUACAAGGAUAAGCUGCAACCACACUACGAGGAACCGAUCCAUCAGGUGGUCACCAAGAUCUUCCGAGGUCUAUCCGGUAAAAAGGUGAUCAUGCCGUCUAAAGACUUCGUCAGUCAUCACGGCCACCACGGUGUCAAGUGUUCCAUCAAGGCCAACGAGGGUCUCCUCUACUUCCUAGAUAAGAGCCUGAUGUUCGUGCCCAAACCGGCGUCUUACAUUCAGAUGGAGCAUGUGGCGGUGGUGACGAUGUCGCGUGUUGGCGGCGCUGUCUCGGCCAGCCGCACCUUUGACAUCACAGUGAGCCUGAAGGGCGGUCAGGGCGAACACCAGUUCAGUAACAUUAAUCGCGAGGAACAACAACCGCUGGAGGACUUCUUCAAGGCUAAGGGUAUUCGCAUUAAGAACGAAAUGGCUGAAGAAAGCACUACUUUGCUCAAGGCAGCCCUUGACAACAAUGAUCUGGAUUCCAGUGGUGAUGAGGGUGUCGCUGCCGACCGUGGCUCGGCUGAUGAGGAUUCUGAUUCUCCCGACGAGGAUUUCAAUGCCUCCUCAGACUCUGAUGUGGCUGAGGAGUUUGACUCUGACCACGAGAGCAGUGGAGGCAGUGACGAGGAGAUGGCCGAUGCUUCUGAUGGUGGCGGUAACAAAGAUGUUGAUAUGGAUGAAAGCACCCGGCCUAAGAAGAAGAGCAAGACCGGCAAAUAA